AGAGUGAGGGAUGAAAUAGCCUGUCAGUGCUUUACCCUGCCCUGGGGAGGAGUCUCCUCCCUAAGGCACUUGCCCUUGGGAGGGUGUGACGCAUGCUGAGCUGACCAGGAAGGAGGAAAGGUUCUGUGCACAAACCUUACCCGGAAGAGGAACAGCUGCAGGGGCAGCUUGGCUUCUCUUUGAACUUCAGAUAAUCCAAGGGGAGACGUAUUAAAAUGAAGGGUCCUAGGACUUUUGAGGAGCAAACAGAGUGCAUUGUGGAGGCACUUCUCUCUGACUUCCUAGGGGAAGACGAAGGUUUUGCUUACCGCAGUCUGGAGACAGACUCUUUUGCUUCGUCAAACGCAGGUUGUACCCCCUUUCCCUGCUCUCUCUCUGCCGUCUCAGAACGUGAGCCCUCUGCAGGAGCAGAAGCUUCAAGUACCUUUGAUUCGGUUAUUAUUGCCAGUCGUCUGCGGAGACUAGGAGACCAAUAUAACGAGGAUCUGGAGCAGCCUGCCCAGCGCAUCAUUGCUGAGGUGGCUAAGGGAAAGGUGGAAGAAUUUGGAGUCAUGGUGGAUUCUCUCAGCAAGAGUUGGAGCAGCCUGAAUCCUGAGCUGGGCUACGAGAGAGCUUUUCUGGCAGUGUCUGUGAAAUUGUUAGCAUACCUUUCCCGGAAAGUUCCAGCUGUGGCCCGUCGAAUCCAGCUUGUGGAGCUGAUUAAUGGGAACCGUGAAGUGAGAGGAUACAUUGAGACCCGUGGUGGCUGGGAGAACUUUGAAAACUGAUGGAAAAGGCUACACUGCCUCCCAGGAAGUGAAAUGGCAGCUUUCAAUGACUUAAACUAUUAAACUGUUUUCUGGAAAUUGUUUUCCCAGCCAUCAGUCUUUCUACUUCCCUCUGCCCCGAAGAUCGAUCCAGUCACUAAUUGGGACACCUCAACACGUAGCUAUUCUUCCACACCAGAUGUGGCUCUCUUGUUCUUGCACUUAUUCAUUUAUUUACAAAUAAUUUGUAGGGGAUUGAUUUUGUUUCCCUCCAACAUAGGCUGUAUAUGCAACUUUUAAGUGUGAGGACUGACAGUGACACUUUUUUGUUCUGCCAGCUUUUGUCCUACCCUGUAACCCCGAAGGGAGAGGGAGCCAGAGAUGGCUGCCUAGUAUCAUGUUGGGAAACAGAACAGCCAAGGAAUUGAGUCCGAGGAAGCCAAAAAGGAGGCAUUGUGAACAAGAAUGCUAUUUAUGGCAGAGCCCACAGAUGUGAGAACUGGUAGCACUGAACACUCUUGGCCAUCCUAUUUCUCUAGCGCUCUAAGAGUUAACAAACUUCUACAGUUAGGGGAAUUGUCUUCUGUAGCUGGCCAUGCUCACUGAAAGCCUGUUCAAACCUCCUCCUGCUACCUCUGAGUUGGUAUUAACAGAGGCACUCACAUACAGUCCCUCAGGAGCUAUUGGUAUAUAUGCUCUGCAGUAAAAUCAGCUACACCAAAUCUGUGCCUGAGCCUGUGCCACAUUACACUUGGGUUUGCUGGAGUGACUCCAUAAGGAUUCAAGGUUUUACAUGAUCCUGCAGUUUGCAGAGAGCUGUUUGGGAUGCUGCUGUUGAAUCAGUUCAUUAUAUGAGUAGCUCAGUGAAACAAGGCUUACAUACCAUAUAGGACUCUGUGGGCGAGCCAGCUCAACCUGGAAUAUCCCACCCCAGAUCAUCACUGGGGUGGUCAUAGAGAGAUGGUUCCACCCCACCAGCGGUCCCCUCAGAAGCCAGCUGCUGCUACUCAAAGGAUCUGUAGAGAGUUGUUUGGAAUUCCUCUGUUAACCCACUUCCAGACUCAGUUCUGACACCUAUAUGAAAUCAGUGGGUCAGUGAUGUCUGGGCUGAGAGGCAGAUGAGCACAGUGGCCCAACUUAAUGUAUUUUUAAUAAAAUGAGCAAAUGAAUCUGUAUCUAUGCAAACUAUAUGAAUUUAAUUGCAUCCUUUCCCUCCCAUCUUGUCACUUACCUCAUACUGUAAGUUGUUCAGGGCAGUGACCACAUCUCCUAUUGUGUGCUUAUACAGUACCCAACACAAAAGGCUCCAAUCCUCUUUUGGGGUCUCUAGGCAAUAGAGUAAUUAUUAAAUACUUAAUUCCAACCUGGAUCUGGGUCUUGUGGGCCCCUUGGAGUGGAAAUCUGGCAGGGUAUGAGCUGGCUUGAGGGAAAGUAGCUGUGCUGCUAGUUGAUUUAAUUAGGGGAUUUGCCCUUACAGCCUCUCAAACGGAAGAUGUCAAUUUAAAAAUCAGGUUGCAAACUAGUGUCUCUCUCUGUUACUAAUACACCCUAGAUCACUGGAAGGGAAAGAAUAUAAAAAUCCAGUUUGUCAUUCUUAUGCACUUAAUUUGCUAUCUGCAUUUCUCUCUACUUGGACAAUGGCAUCAGUUUCACUGGCAUAAAGUUAGUUUCUAGGCCAGGGGCUUAAUGUGGCCAUGUUUGGGUUUCAAACUCUGCAGGUCAGUGUUUGUUUUAAAAUGGUGGUUUUCCCUUAGAAUUUUCACACAUUUCUGUUGCUCUACAGUUACAUGAAGGAUUGCUUUUACAAAAUUUAAAUUUGACAGAAAUGUCUCUUUUGGAGAUAGAGAGGUUUGUUGCCACUCAGAAAACCAGGCAAGAGUUCUGCAGAAGUACUCUGAACUGGAUUUGUUACCAAAAUCCAAUAAUUCUGCCAUUUUGCUUGGUUUUUUUGCGAGUCUGUAACUAACUCUGAAAUCCCCCAAAGGCUUUGCUUUGCUGGCUGUCUGUCCAGGGACACUCAAUCUGAGAUUUUCACUACUGGUGCAGAAUCUUUUGAGUGUCUAGGAAGUUUAGGGGGUUUUUCUCCUCUCAUAUCUGGUUCCCAGUUUGAAGUCUUCUCCUUUCUGCCACUGUAGACUCACUCUGGGUCUUGUCAGCUGGAGAAGUUUCACUAGGA